AUGAUUGACCUUCCUCCAGUCCCAGUUCGUCAUACCGACUGGAUUGCUCAUGUCGCUGCCCAUCCAGAGACAUCACUGCACACCUUGCUCGAGCCCUACAAGGAAUAUGACUCCAAGCUGCGCGAGGUGUUCGCACAGCAACCAGAACACCCCGCCAUUACAGAGCCCAACAUCCUUCCCAUAUUCGCAGGCCGCGAAAGUCAACUCAAGAUUCGCGCUCGCAACCCCGAAGAUGAAUCUGAGGCUGAGCGUGAGCGCUAUCUAAUGCCUCUCGACGAGGCGGAUCGCAAGCCGACUGGCUCUCCAGCAGUCGUGCAAUCGCUCAAUGAGUUUCAGACCAACUUUCAGCUCUUCUCCGAGUCAUCGCUUGUUGACAUGGAUUGGUCCAACGUGGUGGUCGCAGGUAGCGCUGUCGUAACUUCGUUGCUGCCGGUUCCAGAGGAACAUAGUGGCUCCAAGCGCGCCCUUCGCGAGUACUAUCAUCAGCAACUAGCGCCAGCUUCGGAUGUCGAUCUCUUCCUCUACGACCUUACCGAAAUGCAGGCCAUUGAGAAGAUCAAGCAGAUCGAACAACGCAUCAGGGACUCCAUCUUGACAGAGACAACUACCGUCCGUACCAAGAACGCCAUCACCAUCGCUUCGCAGUAUCCCACCCGUCACGUUCAGAUUGUCCUGCGAAUUUACAGAUCUAUCUCCGAGAUUCUCACAGGCUUCGAUGUUGAUUGUUCCUGUGCGGCAUACGAUGGCAAGCAAGUCUACGCCAGUCCCCGUGCGAUCGCUGCAUACAUGACGCAGAUCAACACCAUCGACCUGACACGUCGCUCCCCAUCAUACGAGAACCGCUUGUCCAAGUAUGCACGCCGCGGCUUCGAAGUCUACUGGCCGCUCCUUGAUCGGUCGCGCAUUGAUCCCACGUUGUUCGAACGCUCCUUCGGUCGCACUCUCGGACUGGCAAGGUUGCUAGUACUUGAGAAAUUGCCGAAAAGCACUGACCGUGAUGCCUACGUUGAUCAGCGUCGUGCUGAACGUGGCAGACCAGCUAUCAAUCGUUGGGCCACGCAGAAGCUCAAAGGCGACAUCAAGCAACAGCACGACGAAGAUGUUGCCGAGUGGGUAGAGACUGAUGAGGUCAGCGAUUACCAUACCUUCACCAUCCCAUACGGGCCGAAGUUCCAUGCUCGGAAGAUUGAGAGGCUGCUCUUUGCGAAAGACUUGCUACUCAACGCCGAAUGGAACCGACCUAAGGAUCGACAGACCACACUACAUCGACACCCUUCCUUCUUUGGGAACGCAAUCGAUGUGAUUGGGGACUGUUGUGGUUUUUGUCCCGAGCCCACCACACCAGAAGAUCUGGAGAUUGCGGCUGAGGAAAGCAAGAUUUAUGUGUCUGGCACAUUGUCUUUCAUCAAAGACAACCCUGGACGGCAAGCAAUUGGCUCUUUCCACCCUCUGACUGAUGAUGACUGGACCGAGAUGGCAUAUGUCGGCAAUACAGCGCGACUGUGUCAGGCUAUAGUGGACGGAGAUCUCGAGCAUGUCCGGGAUUGGCUCAGUCAAGAGGGUGCUGACCCCAACCGAAGGGACUACACUGGACGUACUCCACUUCAUUUGGCGGUUAUGACCUCAACUCCGCAGAUUGUUCAAGCUCUCAUCGAUGCUGGUGCUCGCAUCGUCGCUCGCAUCUUCGAUGGUAAGACCGCGCUCCAUCUCGCUGCCAUGCGCGGUGAGGUAGAGAUGGUCAGAGCUCUCCUCAUCAAGAGUGAGGCCAAUGAAGAGGAAGAGGCAGAGAAAGAAGCUCUUAAGAAGAAGAACCAGAUCCUUCCCGAAACACCAGAUGCUACCAGUACCAACGACUCCGAGAAGCGUGCUUCCGAUGACGACAGCGAGAACGACGACGAUGACGACGACGUCGAUUUACUUGAUGACGAGUCCGAUAAUGCCGAUGCGACUACUGAAGGCUCUGUCAUCAAGAUAGACCCCAAAAAGUCAGAAGACCACGAUAACCUCCCAGAUGAUGCAAACGACGACGAGCCCGAUGUGUAUGACGUCAACGUGGUCGCCUGGGACGCACCGGUAUCUGCGCUUCAUCUGGCCAUUGCAAAUGGCCACACUGACGUCGUAAAGACUCUCGUUCAGGAGUUUGGAGCCGAUGUACUAUUGCCGGUCAAACUUGUCAAUGAUUACAACAAGUCCCCGCGCGCGGCGAUCCUGCCAGUCGUCCUCGCUUUACAGCUCUCGCCUGAAAAGGCCAAGGACAUGACUAAAUUACUUGUCAGCCUGGGUGCGUCGCCGGCACAGGGCGACACCAGCCACAUCACGGCGUUGCACUACUUUGCUGCGCAUGGCGCCGAUCUGCUCACCACUUUGGUAUCCGCAAACAGGCCUGUGGCGCAACAAGCCGCCGAUCACAUAUCACUGAGUGGCUAUGCGUUCAGACCAACCGUGAACAGUCCUCUGAAGACAGCCAUUGAACAUGGUGAUGCGGCUGGAGUUGAAGCACUUCUAGAGCUGGGCGCGAAGCCCGAGGUUGACUUCGCCACUUACUCUACCGUUGCGAAAACCAAGGGGUUUAUUUCGGCAUACAGCACUGCCGAGAGCAACCAGAAGGCGUUCAGGGAAAACGUCGAGCAGCCUGUAUUUACUGCAGUUCGUCAUGAGGCACUGUCGAUAGUCUUGAAGCUUCUGGAUGCUGGAGCAAAUAUAAACAGUCUUACUCCCAAAGCUUGGUGCGCGCUGGACAAAAGCAACAACACACACGAUCACGGUACGGGCACCCUUUUGGAUAUUGUUCGGUACAACGUGCGGCAACUACAGACCUUCAUCGAGACGGGCAAAGUCGAUGGCCAAGAUGGGUGGUUGUGCUCCGAGGGCUGGGUAGAUCGCAUUGAUAACUACCGGCGUGCCGAGCAAUUCGCCCCGGUACCGCUCAAGGAAGAUACUGAAUAUCUUGGAGGACUCGAACCGGGUACCUACGCUCAUUGGAUGGUGAGUGAUCAGAUCGACAGCGCCAAGCGGAUCUACGAACAAGACUUGGAGAGCCACGAGAAGUGGAAACAGUCUCAGAAAGAGCCCGAGGGUACGAGUGAGAAGAAGUCGGCUGUCCAAGCACUUCUGACAGAGUUUGAAGCAUUGGAGUCGGAGCUGCUGAGACGACAGGCGAAGACCUUCAAAGAGCUGCAUCCAGAUACCGAAAUCAGGAUACCCCCACCACAACAGUACAAUUAUGGCAGCUAUGGACCUGAACCUCCAAAGCCGUGGAAUCCCUUACUCACCUUCCGGCUUUCUGACCUCACCGACGAACGACGGGAAGCUUACCUCAAACUGUUCCAAGCCUGCUGGGAUGGCGAUCUUCCGACGAUCAAAGAGCUUACCUUGUCGAUGUGGGGAGAUAACCAGACUCCGCUGCAAAUCGCUGUUCAGAACUCGCAGGACUACUCGCCGUUCUCUAUCGCCAUUCUGCGAAAGCACUAUGGAAUCGCUCGUGCUGUCUUGGAGAUCGCACAUGCGCAAUAUGUGCCCGAAGAGAAGCCAUUGGUCAAACACAGUCUCCAGCCCCGAGAUGAUGACGAUGGUAGCUGCGACGAAGAUGAGGAUGAUUUCGAGAUCUACGCUGAGAUCGUGGAUGAUCGCUUCACUAUUGAGAACAUUGGAGAGCUACAAAGUCAAGUCAAAAGCAAUGUGACGCCACUCGAGAUGAUGUCGUGGACGUGCCCGGCGGCGUACCGUUUCCUCGAACAGGAUGCUGCAUCGGUCUCACCCUGGCUUCCACAUCCGGACCUCUCAAGCAGCCUUCGUAGUCAAACGCCUUUGGACUCGUCUAGUGGCAGCCCAAUACCCGUCAAGAUUCCCGAGGAUGUGCGACCACAUAGUCUGUUCCAAUUGGCAAUCUAUCUAGACGAUGCCGAUCUAUUACAAUUCCUGAUCGCCAGAGCUGAGGAGUACACGCAACACAACACCGAACUCGACGAUGAGACUGCACCGAGGUUCUUCCGUUUCGAUGAAGCCGAGUUCUGGUACGCGAUCCGCCUGGGUCGUACCCGUCUGCUGGGAAUCAUUAUCAAGAACACAGGGGCUGGCAUUCCUUUGGACGAUCUUGUGAAGAAGAGCGGCAUCGAGAUACCCGAGAAGCCAAAGUACUACCAAGGGCUAUCGGUUCACGGCAGGAAGCGAGCGGAUUGGGCGAAUGAAGGGAGAGAGACCCAGACGAAAGCGGUUGGGGCGAAGCACCCGCCAUUACUUCAUGCCGCUCGUUAUACAAGUUUGGAGAGCGUCGAGUGGUUCGCUAGUGACACCGCUUUGCGCUGUUAUAUGGAGUUUGCGGACAGUCAUCGAGACGAUAUCCGCAUCCAGAACCUGGCGAAGACUCCAGGCGGCUUGCAGUCGUCUAUCACAAAGUGGCUCGACCUACGCUCGCAUCUACUGCUCCAUUCGGUAGUUCUGGGCAGGAAGGGUGAAGAGUCGGUGAGCCUGCUUCGACAUCUAUGCAAAACGCACCCCAAGGCACUCGAACAUCGUUCUGCGAACGGCAUGACGCCUUUGCAGCUUGCUUUCUCUCUGCACCGUAUUGAGAUGGUGAAGGUUCUUCUUGAAGCUGGUGCCGAUCAAACCACACGCGACAAUACCGGAGCGAACAUCAUCCACUCAAUCCUGCACGACAGACUGCACUACCAGACGAGCCUAGAAAACGUACGCGAGCUUUUGGCGCUCAUUGACACUCGCCUUCUCUCUAGCCUGUUCACCGAACGCACAACGGCGGCUCCUGGCGCAGCUACACCUCUUGCACGCUGGCUUCACGUCGCUCUUCCCCACAACUCAACAAGCUAUAACUCGGAGAGCCACGAAAACAUCCUCAAACUUCUUUUCGAGGUCAACAACGGCGACGACCUCAGUAUCGUCAAUGGCGAGGGCGAUACGCCUGUCCACCUUGCCGUACGGCGUGGUGCUGAUCAAGUCUUGCGCGUCAUGCUCCAAUGCCGUCCUGACCUUCUCUUCCGUGAGAACGCAUCAGGACGUACGCCGUUUGAGAUGGCAGAGGAUACAUAUCUGGCUCAAGAGGUCUUCAGCAACCCUCCGCCCCCCAGCGACGCAGGGCAAAAUCGCCGUCACCGUCAUCUUGGUAUUGGGAAUGUGAAUACCAACGUGCUUUCACGACGUCCAGAAUCCUUCGUCGAAAAGUCCCGAGAUACUCGCGAUGCUACGACGAAGGUGUGGGAAGUCUGCAAGGAGUUUGCCGAGAAGAGUCAAGGGCAGAAGAGGAAGCUGGUCAGUCUAGUCGAGGCAAAUGAAGUUGCGAAGCGACUGGCAUUGCGGAAGCGGAAUGAGUCUGCGACGCGGGUGAGAGGGAGGCGGUUCAGGCGCAGGCAUGGCAGAGUUGAAUAUAUCAACGACGAUGAGGAGCCUGUCACAGGCGACGAGGUCGAUGCGUGCGCCUCGGCAAUGGAUUUCCUCAAGCGAUUCAAGAAACCAUCUUCCCCAGCGGUAGAUGCUACUCCAAACCCAUAUGCAGACGACGACGUCUAUCCAGUGCACACACUAGAUGACACGAAGACUUUUCGUAGCAUCAUAAUCACGUGGACGCUCUGCUUCAACGAUGUUCUUGACGCCGACAAGCUCCAGUCCUCUCUAGCAAAGCUCUUGGAGAAUGGGGAAUGGAGGAAGCUUGGAGGACGCUUGAGACUCAACGACAAGGGCGCAUUAGAGAUUCACGUCCCACGCCAGUUCACAUCUGAGCGACCAGCCUUCUCCUACAGUCAUGUCACCAUCAAUACUCCCAUCUCCGAGCACGAACUAGCCAAGAAGCUGCCGAAAGCCAACGGAGCCGUUGUAACCUGCCCAGGACCCACGGAGUUCAACGGCCUGAACGCUCGCGCCGACGCGCCGACGACAUUUGAGGACCUGAUCGCGGGAGACACGCCACAGAUUUCCGUUCACAUCACGUCGUUCACAGAUGCGACACUCGUGGGGCUCUCGUGGCCCCAUACGCUGAUGGAUGUAAUCGGCAACCAAAACCUCCUGCGCGCCUGGUCCCUGGUAUUAGCCGGGAAAGAGUCCGAAGUACCGCCUGUACUCGGUGCGCGGGAAGACGCGCUACGUGCACUGACUGACAACGCGACUCAGCCGGCAGAGGAGUACAUACUCAAGGCCAAACAGCUCAAAGGGCUGAGUAUGGUCAAGUUUGGGGCGAGGUUCGCGUGGGAUAUGCUUACUGGUCCUGCUCCAAAGUCACAGACGAUUUACCUGCCCAAGGAUGUUGUGGCGAAAUUGCGCGUAGCGACUGAGAAAGACCUGCCUUCGCACAAGAGCGAUAGUGGCCUGGAUGAGAAACCGUUCGUCAGCGAUGGCGAUGUCCUCACUGCAUGGACACUCCGCUGUAUCGCGUCCUCCCUCCCAUCACCCCGUCCCUUAACCGCCCUCCACGCCAUGAACGCUCGUUUCCGUCUCCCUGAGCUCAUCAACGCGAAGGGCAUGUACAUGCAAAACAUGCUCGUCCCCGGCUUCACCUUCCUCACUCCAGACGUGGCAACAGGCCCACUCGGUCCCAUCGCCCUGCACAACCGCCAGCGCCUCCUCGAACAAGCAACCGAAGGCCAAGUCCUCGCCAGUCUCCGCGAGCAGCGCAUUUCCGGCGAUCCGUCUACGCUCCUCUACAGCGACGCAGAUGCGAUGUUGGUGCCUUUUACCGAUUGGUCGAAGGCCAAGUUCUUUUCUACUGUCGACUUUGGGGCUGCGGUUGUGAGGGCUGGGGAUGAGAGUGAGGGGAGGAGUAAUCCGCCUGGUAUGCCUGUGUUUCAUCAUUGCUCGAGUAGGAAACCGAAUCCGGCGAAUAGGCUGCUGGUGCAUAUUUUGGGGAAGGAUCAUGCGGGGGGUUACUGGCUGAGCUUGAUUAUGUCGCCGAAGGCUUGGGAGAACGUGGAGGCGAGUUUGAAGGAGUUGGCAUAA